UAUAACAUGAGUAACUCAUCGUGAUCAAAUUUCAGCGUGCAUUAGUCCAAGCUGGCGAUCGAAGUACAACAUCCUGCCCGUCAAUAGUUCACCGACGAUGCAAAGACUAUCGCUUUUCCCUAGUACAGCACGGCGAGCAAUCAUUCACAUCCGCCAUGUGUAGUUCCUUAGCUGCGGCCGUAACGCGUCCUUUGACCUACUCGAGAUGGCUGACGGGCUGCAAGUCCAGAUCAACUCUACAAGCAGACGACGUCUUCUCUCCUUCACCGACGCAACUCACAAAAUCCACGCAAGCUGCUCAUUCCUCCGAACACUCCAUACACGACGAUGAUGAGAGUGACGAGAAAGAUAAACGACACGACACUGGCGAUUCGUUCAUUUUGACAAACGAGGGACACGCGAAGAAGCACCAGGAUGAUGUAAUGGACGUCAGAAAUUGCAAAGCAAAUACUUCAUGUCCAAAUACUGAGGGCACUGUCGUGCAUCACGAGGUCAGGUCAGGCAAUAAUCUCGGUGACAACGAGGACAAAACAAAUGACUGGCGUCGCAUUGUCCUUACCUCGACGCUGCACGGUUACGGCCGGAAGCACGGCAUCUUUGCCAGCCGAUUGAGACAUCGUGGUCGCAAAGCUUCCUCUCAUGGCUAAUUUGCAUGUCUAGCAAGGCACCAAAUCUACGGCCGCAGAGU